GGUGCGGCGGCGCUCUAGGAAUCCUUGGUCCGUGCAUUUAGGCUGGAGCUGAGUCGCUCUGUCCUCCAGCGGCGCACCUCGUGUGCGGAGUGAUCAUGCCGCUGUUCUGCCGUCCUGCCGCGCGCUGCCUCCUCCGGGCUGCUACCUCCAAGCAACGUUCGUGGACACGCUGUUACGCUCCGGGUCGGAGUGGUAGUGGCCAGUGGCUGAUCACCACGCCUAUCUUCUAUGUGAACGGCCCGCCGCACAUCGGGCAUCUCUACUCUGCGGUGCUGGCUGAUGCACUGCACCGGCACUGGGAGCUGAUGGGCCGGGACGCAGGGUACUUUGCAACGGGAACUGAUGAGCAUGGUCUGAAGAUUCAGAUGACAGCAGCGUCUGCAGGCACUUCCCCUGAACAGUUCUGUGACCAUAUGUCAGCCAAAUUCCGGGAGCUCUUCACCCAGGCUGGCAUCUCUUACACUGACUUCAUCCGCACCACAGAGCCGCGGCACAAACAGGCUGUAGAGCACUUCUGGACCACUCUGCGGGAUCGGGGCUGGCUCUACCAGGCCCACUAUGAAGGCUGGUACUGCACUGUAGAAGAGAGCUUCUUGGCUGCUUCCCAAGUCACUGAGCAUCUUGAUGCCCAAGGCCACAAGUGCAUGGUCUCACUUGAGACUGGCCACCAGGUACAUUGGACCAAAGAGGAGAACUUCAUGUUCAAGCUCUCUGAGUUCCAGGAGCCUCUGCUGAAAUGGCUCUGGGAGAGUAAGGCAGCCAUCACACCCGAGCCCUUCCACCAGCAGGUGCUCCAGUGGCUGGAGCAGGACUUGCCUGACCUCUCCGUAUCUCGUGACCGAAACCGCUUGCAGUGGGGCAUCCCCGUCCCUGACGACUCGACGCAGACUAUUUACGUCUGGGUGGAUGCCCUGGUGAACUACCUAACUGUUGUGGGUUAUCCUAACACGCACCAUGCCUGGUGGCCAGCUGCCUGCCACGUUGUGGGCAAAGAUAUCCUUAAAUUCCAUGCCAUCUACUGGCCUGCCCUGCUGAUGGCGGUGGGGCUGGCGCCUCCGGAAAAGAUCUUUGUGCACUCUCAUUGGACGGUGCAAGGGCAGAAGAUGUCGAAGAGUCUGGGCAAUGUGGUGGACCCGGGGGCCUGUUUCUGGCGGUACUCGGUGGACGGCUUUCGGUACUUCCUGCUGAGGCAGGGUGUUCCUGAGCGAGACUGCGACUACUACGAUGAGAAGGCUGUCAAACUGGUCAAUUCAGAGCUGGCUGAUGCCUUGGGGGGGCUUCUUAACCGGUGCACAGCUCCCAGCCUGAACCCCAAGGGGAGUUAUCCAGGCUUCUCAGAGGCAUGCUUCCCUAAGGACCCAGCCUCUCGACAUGGGAGAGGAUCCAGCAAGGCUUUGGCUGAGGAUUACAAGCUGGUGACGUUGGUGAAAGACCUGCCUGAGCAAGUGAGUGGCUGCUUCGAACGCUUCCAGAUCUACAGAGCUUUGGAAUGCAUCAUGGACUGUGUGAGACAGACGAAUGGCUUCGUCCAGAGGCACGCACCCUGGAAACUGUGUCGCAAGGAUCCUGAACAGCAGCAGUGGCAGGACACCAUCCUCCACAUCACCCUGGAAUGUCUUCGGAUUUACGGGAGCCUCCUGCAACCGGUGAUCCCGGCCACUGCUGAUAAGAUCCUGACCAGGUUGGGUGUUAAUCCCUCCGAAAGGUCUCUAAGCAACUUGAACUUUCUUUCCCGCUACUAUGGUGGAAAGUGUCCCUUUGAAGGCAGGAGGCUGGGACCAGAUACUGGGCUUCUGUUUCCCAAGCUGGAAAAACAGACAGAUGCUGCGGGGAUUCUGAAAUACUAAAAAAAGGAAUCGUCCUCUAUGAAGGCUUUGGGAAGAACAGGAAGGUGUUGGUGGUGGGGAGUCUUCUGAAAGGGAUGGGGAACCUUUGGCCCUCCCAGUGGUGCUAGAAUCCAAUUCCCAUCAUCCCUGAUUGCUGGCCAUGGUGGUGGAAGCUGAUGGGAGUUGUAGUCCAACAACAUUGGGAGGACCACAGGUUCUCCCAUCUGUAGUCUAUUUCAUACUUUCAAAAGGGGGAAAAAUUGGCAGCUUGUGUCUUAUGAUGACAUUUUAACAAAUGGAUGCUGGUACCAUGUGUGUUCUCUCUCUCACUCACUCACACAUACACCCUCUUUGGCCCAACCUGGCUGUGUUGCCUUACCACCCUCCUCGCCAGGCCCCAGGUAGCUGUUUUAGUGUAGGGUGGGUGGCGGUGCCACUUUUGAACAGGAGCCAAACUCUGCUCCUUUCUGCAGCUGCCACAUUGGGACAUGGCAUAUGUAUGGGAUGUUGGGGGGCCAUCAGCACUGUGCAGAGGGCCUCCUGAAGUCUGGUGCCAGCCCUGGGUCGGGGGAUAGAUUGUUUUGGAAUGGUUGGCUUACUGUGCAAUACCUCCUCCCCUUCAAACAAAUAUCAGGAGAAGAUGGAACAGAGAUUUCCAUUUAUUGGUGAGAUUUCAACACAUUUAUACAAAGAGCGCUACAUGUUCUGAAGAUAAUACUAAACUCUAAUGGCUGCACUGUUUGUCACAAUCUGCACAAGGAAGCAGAAGAGGGCGCAUAAGUCAGGAGGGAACAUGUUUUGGGUUUUCCCCCCUGCUCUUUGCUGCAUUUGGGAAUUAAUGAGCAGGUUGAACAGCUACCUCUUUCUCUCUCUUCUGGACUAGAUGGGCCACUGGCCGGAUCCAGCAGGGUGUUUCUUAUGUUCUUAAAUCUUCCGUGUUCCAGUGUAACUAUCCUGGAUUGUCACAGUCUACUAGUAAGAGUCCCUUCACAUAUGCCUGGUGUUAAGUUCCAGAGGAAUAGCCACUUUAGUUUGACAGAGUAAAAACAACACAUAAAAUCUUAAAGCAGGAGUUGGGAACUUGGGGAGUACAUUCUGUUUGCGGGGGGGGGGGGCAAGGGAUUCAUACUGGUUCUGAGUUGGGCCAGAGCCAGCCACAUUCUUUUUCUCAAGAUCUUGAUAAUCCCACACUUUUUUCUUUCUUUCUGAGACCCAGAUUGGGACUACAUUCUUCAUUGCACAGAUGGGCUGUCUGGCCCUCCAAAUGUUGUUGGGACUCCAACUCCCAUCAGCCCCAGCUAGCAGUGGGUUAAUGGUCAGAGAUGAUGGGAGCUGGAGUCCCAACAACAUCCUGAGGGCCAUGUGUCCCCCUUCCCUGCUUUAUUAUUUGCAAAGAUGUAUGUCCAUUGCUUGACAUCUCAGCAGUUGAUUAUGUGUCCUAACUCCAGCAAAGUGCUGCAUUAUGUAUUGUGAGCUGAAAGAUCUCUUGUGUGUAAACCGUGAUGAUCCUGAUACUCAGCAAGCGAUGAACAUUCAUGUAUGAACCAACUCCAAAAUUGUACCUGCUGUUUGUAGUUGCCUUCCCAGUACCAAUGGCUUGUGUUCUUAAGAAGCAGGAAAAACAAAUUAUAAAACUACAUCCAAAGCAA